ACCAGGGGACAUCUACGAUAAACAGCAAUGUCUACAGUCUUUGUAACCACUGGUGCAACCAUUGUAUUUGAGGAAUUGAUAAGAUCAACACUGGAUGAGAAGUUUAUCAAUACACUCAAGUCACUUGGCUAUAUAAAGCUAGUUGUACAAUACGGUGUUUCUGGUGCUGAAUUGUUUGAGCAGUGUUUAUCAAAGCUAUCACUGGAUAAUGACUCUUUCUCUGUGGAGGGUUUCCCCUUUUCAGAUGACAUCUCAAGCAUCAUUUCACAAUGUGAUGUGGUUGUUUCACACGCCGGCACAGGUUCCAUCCUUGACACGUUGAGAUUGAAGAAGAAGCUUAUAGUUAUGGUGAACGAUAAACUCAUGGAUAAUCAUCAGUUAGAAAUAGCACAAGAACUCGAAAACAAUGGUUGUCUUCUAAAAACAUGUGCUUCUCUACAGGGUCUAUUAUCAUGCUUUGACAAGCUACAGAGCUUCAACCAACAUCCUCUUCCGGAACCAGAUCCUAAUAUCAUUGAAGAUAUUCUUCAUGAACUCUAACCCUCUACAGUAUACAUUUGAUGAGUAUGUUGCGUAUUAAUAUUAUGUUUCGAUAAACAUCUUCAUAAGAACUUCACGGUCCUCCUGGUACUUUCGCAGUUC